CCAACGAGCAUCGUCACCAAGGAUGUCUUCUCCACCUCCUCCGCAGCGAGGAUGGCAUGUAGACACUACCAAGGACACAAAGACUCAGCUCGUCAGUCUUGAUGGAGGGAGUGGAGCCACGUUUCAUGAGAGACACUGACGCCUUGAGCACACCUUGCCCGCAAUUCCCCCGCUUCCCACCCCACAGGCACAGCGCAUCUUCAACUCCCUAGUCCAAGACGCCCUCAGCAAGCUCGCUUUUGAUACACACGAUGCCGAAGCACGUCGAAGAGUCAGGAGCGCCGCUUCCGGUAGCGGGAAGUCCGAAGUCGAGGGAGUGGAUAAGCCCACCGAUGGCUCCAACGAGGACGACGCUCGCCCCUCGGACCCUACCAAGGACAGCACCUCAGCCGAGUCCACCGCUGCACACAAGAGCGGCGGUAGCGGUAGUGUCGGAGGCUCUGUCGUUGCCACUCCCGCCUACGCCAAUCCCCUCAUCCGAUGCAUGGUCUGCAACCGUCACGUCUCUUCGAACCGCUUCGCCCCUCACUUGGCCAAAUGCAUGGGCCUAGGAGCGAAUAACGUCUCGUCCAAGUCGGGCAAUGGUGGACUCAAGAGAAAGGCAGCAGUAGGAGCCGCUACCGCCGCGGCGCUCGCAGCUGCUGCUUCUGGAUCUGGAGGUGGAAGUGGAUCUGGAUCGCAGAGUGGGAUCCCGUCUAAGAGGGGGAGACCACCCAAGAGUCGAGGUGGGACGGGAUCGGCGAGGAGUACAGCGACGCCGGUGCCUGGCCUGGGACACAAGGAGGGAAGCGCAGCGCCUUAGCGAUGUGGCACGCCUUUUGAGAAUCGUACACCAUUAGGAGGAUACAGCAAGCAGACCCUCUCUGCUAUGUUUGCUCACUCUAUAUCAUCGCUCAAGCUCCCUCAAGAUGCCAAAUAAGAGACAGAAGCUCACUCAGAAGCUUUCUACGCUCAUUGGAGUACACGAGUAGAGCUGUCACACCAUCUAUGCCCUCGGCUACAGAGACCACAUCCUGUCACCGUCAAUGCUCAAAAGAUUCUUUUGAUAGCAUCUUGGGGUCAAGCUCGCAUAGACAUUGCUGGUAUAGACACUGGGAACAAUCAACGCCUCACAAGCCUCGACACUUGGUCCCUCUCCUUGACCCUCUUGGCCGCCUGCUCCGCAUCACCAGGCUGUUGCGACGAGCCAUGGUAGCGCGCUAGUCUCUCGAGGAUCCCCA